CUCUACCCAGAAGGCUAAUGGUUUGACCUUCAGUGGGAGGGGACGUGAGGAAACAAAGCAUGGCUGCGGGGAUACGAACGAAAGCGAUGUACAGCCUCCGGAGUGCACGCUGGGUUGGGUCGGCGCUUCCCUGCUACAGCCGGCCGUGCGCUAGCUCGGCGGUAGCGGCCAACCCUGUGGCGACUCAGCAAAGCAGAGAUGCAGGUGUGAAUGAGAAGAUCCUCCACGCUCCGCUGACCCAGCCGGACUACUUCUGCCUGUCCGAGCUCUUCACUCUAAAGGACCUGUUUGAGGCCCGGGUGCACAUGGGACACAAGAAAGGCUGCAGACACAGGCUGAUGGAGCCGUACCUGUUCGGCUGCCGCCUGGGCGUCGACAUCAUUGACCUGGAGCAGACGGCGGAGCACCUGCAGAGGGCGCUCAACUUCACGGCGCACGUGGCCUACCGUGGCGGCCUCGUGCUCUUCGUGAGCCGCCAGCGGCAGUCCUCGCACCUGGUGGAGAGGACGGCGCACGACUGCGGCGAGUACGCGCACACGCGCUACUGGCAGGGAGGCCUGCUCACCAACGCCCCCAUACAGUACGGCGCGGGAGUGCGCCUGCCAGACCUGAUCGUCUUCCUCUCCACGCUCAACAACGUCUUCCAGACGCACGUGGCCGUCCGUGACGCCGCCAAAAUGAACAUCCCCACGGUGGGCAUCGUGGACUCCAACUGCAACCCUAGCCUCAUCACGUACCCAGUGCCAGGCAACGAUGACACACCCGUCGCCAUGGAGCUGUACUGCUGGCUGUUCAAGAUGGCGAUUAACAGGGCGAAGGACAAGAGGAAACAGAUGGAGUUGCUGAAGGGUAUAUAAGGGGAGUGUGAGAGUGUGUGUGCGAGAGUAUGUGUGCACACGUGGGAAACAGGAAGAUGAUGGUGUAGAUCAGGGUUCCCUAACUGUAUGGUGAGUGGACUCUCCUGGACUGGGAAGAGGUGCGUCACAGGCUGUUAUCUUUAAACCCCACCCUCAGCAACCUGCAUCUAGUCAGCCUUUAGGAACACAAGAUCGUCGGGCCAAAGUGAGAAUUGUCAAACUGGGAUGCCUCUUACCUAACCCCUAUCGGACAUUCUUAACGUUUUAUCUGAAGUUAUCUGGAAUUAGUCUGGAAUUUACCCCC